GAAAGCACCGCGGAGGAAGUUUGAGACGCGGGAGGAUGCAGGCUGCGUGCUGGUACGUGCUUCUCCUCCUGCAGCCCGCCGUCUACUUGGUCACAUGUGCCAAUUUAACGAAUGGUGGAAAGUCAGAACUUCUAAAAUCAGGAAGCAGCAAAUCCACACUAAAGCACAUAUGGACAGAAAGCAGCAAAGACUUGUCUAUCAGCCGACUCCUGUCACAGACUUUUCGUGGCAAAGAAAAUGAUACAGAUUUAGACCUGCGAUAUGACACCCCAGAACCUUAUUCUGAGCAAGACCUUUGGGACUGGCUGAGGAACUCCACAGACCUUCAAGAGCCUCGGCCCAGGGCCAAGCGAAGGCCCAUUGUUAAGACGGGCAAGUUUAAGAAAAUGUUUGGAUGGGGUGAUUUUCAUUCCAACAUCAAAACAGUGAAGCUAAACCUGUUGAUAACUGGGAAAAUUGUAGAUCAUGGCAAUGGGACAUUUAGUGUUUAUUUCAGGCAUAAUUCCACUGGUCAAGGGAAUGUGUCUGUCAGCUUGGUGCCCCCUACAAAAAUAGUGGAAUUCGACUUGGCACAACAAACCGUGAUUGAUGCCAAAGAUUCCAAGUCCUUUAACUGUCGCAUUGAGUAUGAAAAGGUUGACAAGGCUACCAAGAACACACUCUGCAACUAUGAUCCUUCAAAAACCUGUUACCAGGAGCAGACCCAAAGUCAUGUAUCCUGGCUCUGCUCCAAGCCCUUUAAGGUGAUCUGUAUUUACAUUUCCUUUUAUAGUACAGAUUAUAAACUAGUACAGAAAGUGUGCCCCGACUACAACUACCACAGCGACACACCUUACUUCCCCUCCGGAUGAGGAUGAACAUGGGUGAGACUGAAGCCUGAGGAAUUAAAGGUCAAUAUGACAGGGCUGUUACCUCAAAGAAGAAGGUCACAUCUGUUGCCUGGAAUGUGUCUACACUGCUGCUCUCGUCAACUGGCUGCAAAUAUGCUAGUGGAAAACAAUCUGAUGUAAUUUCUGCCCAGUCAGCUUCAUCUCUUGGUAUAGUUGUAAAUCACCAUAGAUUUUAAAGGCACACUUGAAGACAUGCUCUCCAUACAUAGAUGUACACAAACACACAUUCAUAUACAUUUCAGCUUGCAUCUGUCAUGAUUCCUGUCAAGAGGGCUUUCAUUGUCUGACUCAUAAUGGUUUAGGAUAAACUAUCAUCAAAUGAAAGGAUUAACUAGACAGUGAAUGGUUUCUAACACUUGUGGUUAUGGAAAUCUCUUUUAAAGUCUUGAGUACAUGCUCAUCAGUAAUCCCCAUUCAUGCAUUCCUACUGCUUGGAGUAGCUGUACUGGUAAAUACUACUGUAGGAGUAUAUGCUUGUUAAAAUGGAAAAAAUAAAUGUGUCUUUAGAGCUCAGUAUUCUUUCUUUUAUGAACACAACAAAAUGUAGUAACUUUUUUCCAGCAUACAGUAGGCACAUUCAAGGUUAUGUAAGAUGGCUCUUUUUUCUAUGGAGGGAGGCUGUUUUCAGUAAAGAUGAGCAAACAUUUGGAAUUUACAUGUGGGCAGACAUUGGAUUACAGCUUUCAUCACCAGUCAUUGGACUUUCUCAAAGUUGAGACCAGCUAAGUCUGCUUAAAACAAGUUCUGAUCAUUAUAUAAGAAGGGAAAUGCCUGACAGACACCAUGUAAGUUAUAAGUGUCUGUCUUAUCUUUACUACACAUAUUGUAACAAAUUCAAUAUCCUAGUCUUCAUUUGUAUGAAUGGUUUGUAUUGUACAUAGUUUAACCAAGUGUUAUUUGAGCUGCUUAUUAAUAUUAACUUGUACUUGUCUCUGCUUGUUAUUGGUUAAAAAGAAAAAAAAAGGAUAUGAGGAAUCCAUUUUAUCAAUGUAGCUGUGACCUCCAUUAAAAAGACAAACUUAAUGUACAAAGCAUUUAUUCAGCUCAAGUAUUGUUGAAAGCUAAACAUAUACAACAUUACAGUCUGUCUGUAUUUAGAUAUUUUAUUUCUGGACAAAAUGAAAUGUACAUAAAAAUAAAAUGCUUAAAGUUGAGUUUCAA